AUGAAGUUUGGUGAACAUUUGAGAAAGGCAUUGAUCAAAAACUACUCCUUCUACUACAUUUCCUACGAUGACUUAAAACACCAGUUGAAAAAGGGAUUGAAGGAUAAUGACUACCAAUGGAACAAUGAAUUGGAGGAGGACUUCCUCAACCAAUUGGAAACAGAGUUGGAUAAAGUGUAUUCCUUCACCAAGGUUAAAAACACCGAGGUUAACAGGAGAAUUAAAGAGUCGGAAAAGUAUGUCCAUGAAGUAGUCAACACUUUACAUCGUUAUCAAAAUAACGAUCCGUUGGUUACAUCGCCUCCUCAAGAGCAAGACUUUGAAGAUUUGGAAGAGGAAUUGUCCGACAUUAUUGCUGAUGUUCACGAUUUGGCCAAGUUUGCUCGUUUAAACUAUACUGGCUUCCAAAAGAUUAUCAAAAAGCACGACAAGACAACUGGAUACCAUUUGAAGCCUGUUUUCCAGGCAAGGUUGAACUCUCAAGCAUUUUAUAAAGACAAUUACGAUAACUUGAUUGUCAAGUUGUCGAAACUAUACGACUUGGUAAGAACUAGAGGUAAUCCAAUAAAGGGUGAUUCUUCAGCUGGUGGGUCACAACAAAAUUUCGUCCGUCAAACAACAAAGUACUGGGUUCAUCCUGAUAAUAUUACUGAAUUGAAGUUGAUUAUUUUAAAACACUUGCCAGUAUUGGUUUUCAAUGCAGAUAAAGAGUUUGAACCCGAGGAUUCAGCAAUUACUUCAAUUUAUUUUGAUAAUGAAGAUAUGGAUUUGUACUAUGGAAGAUUGAGAAAAGACGAAGGAGCCGAGGCCAUCAGAUUGAGGUGGUACGGAGGCAUGAAAUCAGAUCAAAUCUUUGUUGAAAGAAAAACCCAUAGAGAAGAUUGGACUGGUGAAAAAUCGGUUAAAGCAAGAUUUGCAUUGAAGGAAAAGAAAGUUAAUGAUUAUUUAUCGGGAAAGUUAAAGGCUAGUGAAGUAUUUGACAAAAUGAGAAAGGAAGGUAAAAAAAGUCCUCAAGAAAUUGAAAAUUUGGAAAGAUUAGCUCAAGAAGUUCAAUAUCGUGUCUUGAAGGACAAGAUGCGUCCAGUGAUGAGAUCUUUCUACAACAGAACUGCAUUCCAAUUGCCAGGAGACGCAAGAGUCAGAAUUUCAUUGGACACUGAAUUAACAAUGGUUAGAGAAGAUGACUUUGAUGGGUAUGACCGUACUCAUGGUAACUGGAGAAGAAUGGAUAUUGGCGUUGAUUAUCCAUUCCCACAAUUACCCGAAAAGGAUGUUUGUCGCUUCCAAUAUGCCGUUUUGGAAGUCAAAUUGCAAACCCAAAUGGGACAAGAGCCACCUGUCUGGGUUAGAGAUUUAGUCAAUUCGCAUUUAGUUGAAGCUGUUCCCAAGUUUUCCAAAUUUAUUCACGGUGGCGCUACAUUGUUGACAGAGAUGGUUGAUCUCUUGCCCUUUUGGUACACUCAAAUGGACGUUGAUAUUAGGAAACCAAAAGUUGUACAAGAAUAUGGUAUACAACGUCAUCAAAACCCUUCUCAUCAACAAAGGUUAGGGUCCAGCACCAGUGGUAAUGACUUGGACGAGGAAGAGUUGACUGGAUCUUCAUACACUGGCGUGCAUUUCUCAAACGAUAUCAAUCCAUUGGAAGAGGAUUUGGAUGAACAGACGCCACUUUUACUACCAAGUAACUACACGUCUCGUCACACAAACUCACCAGUCAAAAAUUUCCUUUAUCACGCUUAUGGCAGGUUUUUGCAUUACUUUAAUGAUGAUCGUACAUUUACUGUCAAACCGGGUACCAACUUUGAUUUGAAUGCCACGUUUAAAGACAAGUUGCCCCAAGGAAAGAUCAUCUGUGUACCCGUCAGAAUUGAACCCAAGGUGUACUUUGCCAACGAGCGUACCUUCCUUAGUUGGAUAAGUAUCGGAAUGUUGAUGGGAUUCACUGCAACCGCUUUGUUGAAUUAUGGAACAAACAGUGCCUUGACUGCCAGUAUUGGAUUCUUUAUCACUGCUUUAUUCACCUUGGGAUAUGCCAUUUACAGAAAAUUCAAAAUUGAUGAAAUAGAUAAAAAAUUUUCAUAUUUAAUAACCAAAGACCAAAAACAUACACAAGAUCUGAACAUAAUAUAUCUCCCUAAAUACCAGGGUAUACUAGAAGCAUCGGUUCAAGAUUCAAUCAAAACGAUGAAAUCGUACAAGCAAUUAUCAGCACCAACGACAAAUUUACCUCAACGAUCCCACAGCCCAAUACCAUUGACAACAAACAUCUUGAUUAUUGGUGGGGCAUACGCGGGAAUAGCAGCAUUGCGUGCAUUGCAACUAAAAUUAUCACCACGUAUUCCCAAAGGUGGCAACCCGAUCAGUAUAACCAUUGUUGAACCCAAAGAUGGAUUUUUAAACAUAUUGGGAAUUUCACGAUCUAUUGUUAGUCCACUGUUUGCCGAGACUCAAUAUCUCCGCUUCACGCAAUUGAAUAACAUUGGAUUCACCAAUAUCAUCUCUGAUGAUGAUAUCGAAGGUCCAAUUUGUGAGAAUUCGUCACAAGUUAUUUUCGUGCAUGGAAAAGUUGUCUCUUUAAGCUCACAAUCAGCAGAGUAUGUAUUAAAUAACAAUACCAACAAGAAUAGGAUUGACUUUGAUUACGUGAUUAUGGCCAGCGGCCGAGAUCGUAAUUGGCCAACAACUCCCUUGGCAAAUACUCAACAACAAUUUUUAGACGAGAUUAGCCGAGCAAAGGAUCAAAUUGAAAGUGCCAACAUUAUUUCCAUCAUUGGUGCUGGAGCUGUGGGGGUUGAAAUUGCUGGUGAUAUCAAGACGGCAUAUCCUAAUAAAAUUGUCAAUUUAAUUCACCCACAUGAACAUUUUCCUCCUGAACCGUUAAGUUUAGAAUUUAAAACAAUGGUCCAAAACUCAAUCGAAAGGUCGGGUGUCAAUAUUUAUCUAAACACACGUAUUGACAAGGAAUUGGAUAAUAAGAAUUUAGUCACAACCACGCAAAAGAUUAUUGAAUCUGAGUUGAAUUUCCAUUGUUGUUCCAAACAUAACAAUACAUCGUUUUUGUCGCUGCAGCUUCAACAAGACUAUAUUGUCAAUGGACAGGUGAAUACUAAUAAAUAUUUACAGUUACAACAUCCAACUACUCAAGCUACGCAAGACCAUUUCUUUGUCAUUGGGGAUUUAGUCAAUUUCCCCAUAAUCAAAUCAGCAGGAUGGGCAAUGUACAUGGGACGUCAAGUAGCCAACAAUAUCACGAGUUUAUUAUUUGAUGGCGAAUUAGUUGAAUCAAUGCCGGAUCUCUCGACUAUGCCAUAUGGAAUGGUUAUUGUUGGCGGUAAUGAAGAGAUUAUUAGUGAAUUGCUGGGUGAUGUUCAAUUGAAUCAUGAAGGCUACAAAAAGGAAUAUCUUGAUUAUUGUAUUGGCAAAGUAAGAGCUACAUUGGACGUAUAG